AUGAGUGAUGAAGAACUGAUCCGUCAAGCCAAUGUGGAAAUCGAGGAGGAGCGUCUCCUUGUGGCAGCCCGACUGUUGCGACAAGUGGAAAAGCAAGAGAGUUUGACUCCCGGGCACUGCCGUGUCAUGGAACAAGCUCAAGUCAUCCAGAAUGUCAUUGAUGUGCACCUGAAACCGGCCCAAGACGAUCCCACUUGGAAGAAACAAACGGAAUCGCACGGCCAUUGGGACACUCUGAUUUACUACAAAGUCGAAGAACACUCCAAACUCACCUGUCGGAUUGAAACACCCAUUGAAGCUUCCUUGUUGGUGCCCCUGUUGGCCGUCUUUAAUGAGUCCGAACUGUACGACCAAUGGAUGCCAAAAUUCCGAUUCCCAAUCAAAAUGGGGGUCCGACAAAGUCUCAAACUCACAGACCGGCCCGGUAGAGGAGCACAAGUCUGUCAAGUCACGGUCGACAUGCCCUUUCCCAUUAGUGACAGAGAAGUGGUCUAUGAUGUGUACGCAGUAGAUGCUAUUGAAGAAUUGAGUUUGAUCUCCAUGAAGGGCACUUCCUUGCAAGUGGGAGAUGCGGACGGGGCUGUGGCAGAACCAGAACCUGGCAUUAAACGCAUUGAGUUUGAGGUGGGGUGGGUGAUUCGACAGUGCCCCAAAGACCAUCCCUCUCUUCAGAAUAGCAAACAUGAAUAUGCAGAAAAUGAACCAGUGCUGCUACUGAGUCUGACACAAUUCGCGGACGCCCAUGUGAACUAUGUCCCUGUCUCCAUUAUAAACUUUGUGACACGAACUGCCUUGGUUGGACAGUGGAAUUCUUUGCUUCAAGUGGCUCAAGACGUCAAGGAUGGAAAGAGACCUGAUCAUGACAAGUGCAUUCAAGACAAGCAAGAACUAUAUGGAUGGGUCAAUCAACGCAUCGAAGCCAUGUGUGCCAAAAUGGAUUGA